GGUAGUGAGUGUCGAAUGAAGAACCAGUGGCAGCAGCAGCAGCAGCAACAACACGAGCAAUAGACCGGUCUGUGUGUGUUUAGUGUACAGAAGAUGCCGCAAAGAUCUCUGGGUAUACAGAGGGAGCCAUAUUUUUCCAAUAUCAGUUACGCGAAAAGAGCGCACGUAUAGCAUUCGCGGGAUGGGAAUGGGAUAUUAUUUUAUCGGCUCUUGGCACUGCGAUUGUCGGUAGAACGCGUGUAACAGCAGCGAGGCCCGUAGUGGCCUUGACGCGAUUUAAUAAUAUUAACAAAGGUGCCCCAUGUAUAUUCAAUAACAAAUAACACUAUUAUUAUUUAAUAAUCCAAAAAAAAUAUCUGUGCUGUGGUUUAAUACGUUAACGCGUUGUGAAUAUUAUUCUCAUCUACCAGAUUCAACUCCACUUAUUAUACAUACGUAUGUAUAUAUACAUAUAUCAGUACACAUAUGAGCAUAUAUGUGUACAAGUUUAGUAAAAAAAAGUGUGUGUUGGUAUCAUAUAUAUAAUAUAAUAAAAAAAAUAAAAUAUUUAAAAGAGUAUAAAAAAUAAAAAAGUUGGAGCGCUGUUGGCCCGCGCAGGUGUUGGUUUUUGUACGACAGUCAGUUGAAACUUGAUAAAAAUUUAAACCCGUAAUAAUUAACUGGAUAUGUAUAUAUAUAUAUAAUUAUUUUGUUUUAGGUGACGGCGACGAAGACUAAGACGACUGAGACUGAGACGACUCAUUACUUAUUCUAGUUUAAUACUUGUGAGACAGUGUGCUACUAAUAUAUAUAUUUAUAUAUAUAUAUAUAUAUAAAUUCAAGUGGAGAUAGUAGAUGUAGAUGUAGAAGUUGAGUGGAAUGGAGAUGGUUGUGUCGGUGGUAGUUGUGUGAUAUUACUAGUGCAGUGACGAUGACACAGACGUCAUAACACCACGACAAUUUAUUCGUCUGUGAGUUUUUUUUUGUUUGUUAAUUUAUUUUUUUAAAAAAUUCAUUAUUAUUAAAACGUUUAACUCGCGCGGUGAUGUCUGUAUUUAUGAGAGAGUGUUUCAAGUUCUGCGUACCUCAGAGUAAAGUAAAAUAAAAUAAAAUAAUAAGAGCCGUGAUGAGUGGAACGUGUGUGUUACUCGGAUUCAUUAAUAACAUACCGGUAGUAUGUCGCUGUUGCGUCCUUGAGUGAGGAGGCAUCGAUCCGUUUUAAUAAAACGUCGUGUGCGACCAGUUGUUUUUUAUUAUUUCAUUUUGUGAAUUUUAUAAAUUUAUUUUUAUGUAAUUAUAUAAUUUGAGGUAAAUUUUAUCAAGUGCUUGAGUUUAAAUUAUAAAGCAAUACGAUAGGUAGUUUUAUUUAACGUGUUUAAGGUGACAGUACUUGUACUGUGUGGUGUUGAGCACAGUAAUAAUAAAUAUAUAAAUAUAUAAGUGCAAUAACAUACUAAGGAUUAAAACACUCGCGUGUGUGAUGUCAACGGGAUUCGCUGAACACGACUCAGUUCGUACAUAUGCAUCCAAUGCACGGUACAAGCUGUUACGCCAUAGAGGAUGCCGCACGGGCUAGUGGAGUAUCGGAGGCGUGCGCUGUGUGUUCCAGUGAUGUCGGUGGCGCGGCACUUAGCACUGCUGGACCUGGACCAUGGCCGGCAAGCCUGAGCAGCCAAUCUCUCACCCUGCUCCCCAAAAUCACGUUCAUCAGCAGCAUUAUCAGCAUCAUUCGCUCCAUUUGCAGCAGCAGCAACAGCAACAUCUUCAGCAUCAACAAGCCCGUCGAAAUCACCAGUCGAUUCAGCAGCAGCACAUCAAUCAUCACGAGGCUCAAGGCAUUCAGCACAACAGUGUGUUGGUUUAUGUUCCCGGGGAUAAUUUUGCCUACGCGACUGCUGUAGGACAUAAUGCCGGUUCUUCGGGUUAUCAACCCGCCCAGCAACAGCAUCAUCAGCAACACCAGAACCCGUACUCCAAUGUGCUGCCUCAGGUGGCAACACAGGCAAUAUUUUCCGCCAAAACAAACUACAAUAUUGGAAACAGCGAGCUGGUAGACAGUGAGAUUGACCAGACUGCCGACUGUUGUCUUGGAAAAUCAAUUGAGCUGAUAGCCUGCAAUGUUGUCGCUGAUCGUCAUCAACAACAACAACAACAACAACAGCUCAAGGACGAAGAGGAUUACAAUACAACGAUUUAUCGAAAUCCCCUGGUGGGCUUAACAAACGGUAGGGCGACUGGAUCGCCCAGUAACGUGGGUAAAAUAGAUCUUGGUACCCUGACAAACAGCAUCCCUGGGAGUAGUCUUGGCAGCGCGAUAAGUCCAGCGCAGAGUGAUGCGGACAGUUUGAGUGGAACCAGCGACUCGGGUGUUGUUGCAACUGCGACAGCGGCCACUAGGUCUGCGUUGCCGAGCAGCAGCGCGGCUCUUGUCAGUAACAGUGGAAGUGGAAGUGGUGAACACGAAAGUAACAAGACAUUCCCGGUGGCACAUCAGUACGAAGUCACGUGCAAUACCACCGGCGUUUAUUCCGCCUCACCUAUCACUCGUUUAACGGGCUCGGAAAAUUAUCAGUCCACGAACGCCGGUAACGAGACCGGUAUUACCGGCACUCUGGACGAAAAUUCUAGGUUAACUUACGUUAGGUCAAAUAGCAAUGCUGGUGGUGGUGGUGGUACUGUGCCGAAUAUAUUUCUCAGUGGAAUUGAUGCUCAGCAGCAGCAGCAGCAGCAGCAACAACGGGAAUCGUGCAAGUCGGGUCGCGUAAAUCAAGACUUGUUGGACGUUAAUCGAACCUGUAUAAGUGGAAAUAGUGUCGGUGUCGGUGCCGGUAGUGCUGGUUGUGGGGGUGGUGAUGUUAUUGUUGUUACCUCGGACCCGGGUUGUGAAUCAGUGCGUUCAGAUACCGCGGAAUCUCUAUACAGUAGCAGCCUGAGCAGCCCCGACUGCCAGAGUUUGCAAUCUAACGAUUCGGUUAACAAUAGUAGUAAUAAUAGUGUCGGUAGUGUGCAGCAGGCUGCACAUUUGGUGUCAAAUCAACUUGUUAUUAAUAAUAACAAUAACGCGCAACACAGCAGCAAUGUUGCGCUGACUAUGAACGGUAGUGUCGUGGCUCAGCAUCAACAAAAACAACAACAACAGCAGCAGCAGCAGCAACAGGCGUCCAUCGCUGUACCUCGUGGAUGGAAGAGAAUAUGCACCAACGGGGUCAUCAUUUAUAUCAGUCCAAGCAGCACCGCGCUGGGCUCACUCGAUCAGCUCAAGGAGUACCUGACAACUGCGGGCACUUGUAAGUGCGGUCUCGAGUGCCCGCUUAGACCAGAACAAGUCUUCAAUUUCGAUCCCAAGGUAGUGACACGACCUUGGAGUCCGGAGCAGGGGAAGACACGGGAGAUGACAAAGUUGUGCAACCAUAAGAGGAAACUUUUGUUACCCGUUGCCGCGGCUAGUCCAGUUGCCUCUUGUACACCUGUCGUCUCAUCUUCAACUUUACCUGUGCCAGGACCGCCCGCAAUUAAUGCACGAGCUGACUCGCCAACUUCAUCAGACAAGUCGAAAAAAGAUGGCCUGAGUAAAAAGAAAAAACGUAAGCUCAGUAGUGUGGGAAACGUAUACUCAGGUGUUUCAGUAUCACAAUUAAUUGCACAACGUGAACGAGCUAUUGCAGUUGCAGGCGCUACUGGAGUCCAUGGUUUACCGUCACCCAAUGGCUCUCAGGUUUGGCCGAUGACUGGUAUACCAGUUCAGCAGAAUAACCAACAGAUUGGCCAUCAAUUAAUCAAUUCCUCUUCACAAAAUAUUGACACUAAUAGUUGCGUUCUGAGGAACAACAAUACCAACAACAAUAAUAAUAAUAAUAAUAUACAGCAGAGACUAAAUUCCCACAAUAUGACGAGUAUGUUGAUGGGCAACCCGUUGAUCAUGAAUCAACAAACAAAUAAUUUUAACAACAUCAAUAAUAUGACACAACAGCAGCAACAGUUGAUGCUGCAGCAACAGCAGCAGCAGCAACAACAGCAGCAGCAACAGCAACAGCAACAACAACAGCAGCAGCAGUUGAUGCAGCAACAUAUGACACAACAUCAUCAAAAUGUUCUUGCUAAUCAGUUGUCUCACCAGCAGUCACCGCACUACCAACUGAACCAGCUGAAUGAUCAGUCGGUGCAGGCGAUGCAGCAGCAACACAUCAACCAGCAGCAGCAGCAGCAGAUGCAUCUUCAAAUGCAAAAGCACACACAGCAUCACAAUCAGGAUCAGCAAGUUAAUUUUAAUGCCCAUCACGAUGGAUUUAUUCAUCACAUCCAGCCGCAAAAUUCACAGAAUCAGAUGCAUCAGCAGAUGCAUCCCCUGCAUCAGCAUUCAAUGCAAUACCAGCAGCAGCAAACGAAUCAACAGCACAUGAUGCAGAAUCAGAUUGAUCAGUUUCACAUGCUUCAACAGCAGCAGCAGCAACAGCAACAACAACAACAGCAGCAACAACAACAGCAGCAGCAACAUCAGCAACAGAUGUCUCAGGUUUGCCAGCAGCCAAUGCAAUUCAAUCAUCAGGGUAUGACGCAUCACUUGAAUGAUAUUGCGCAGCAGUCGAAUGGACAACUUAUUUCGGCAAUGAAUACUUCCGAUGGCCAGCAACAGCAUCAAAGGCAUCGCACUCCGUCAAUAAGUGCUGAUGAUGAUAUGAAUGCGAAACAGUUGUCUCAGCAACAGCAACAACAACAACAACAACAGCAACAACAUCAGCAGCAGCAGUUGAUGAUGCAUAACCACAACGUGCGGCAUCACGUACAAAAUAGCAACAUGCAAAAUAUAAAUCAUGACAGUAUGCAACGAAUGUAUCAGCACCAGAUACAAUUUACACGAAACUGUGAUCCCAAUAAAAUUACAAUAGAACAGCAGAAGCAACAGAGUGGCCAUCAGCAACAACAGCAGCAGCAGCAACAACACCAACAACAGCAGCAGCAGCAGUAUAUGCUGGUCAGUCAAGCGGGAAGGAGUCCCACAAAUAUUAACAGCAUCGAUACUCAAUCAAUAGUCACUAAUGGGCAGCCAGGCCAUCUCUUUAACCAAAGGAACCAGAUGUGGGGUCAACAAACCCGUACUAAUGUACCUUCACAUCAGUCAUCACCCGCGGCGACUAUCCACAACAUAACGUGCAAUAGUUUGGACCGCGUGCCGCCGCUCCAUCACCACAUUCCUCCCGCGGCCGCCUGGAAUGACGAAGUCGCACGUAAAAAAGCCAAGCCCAGCAAGUCUCUGGCUAAAAAGCAACGUCAUCAUAUGGCCGAAAUCAGGAGCAUCGAGCAGCCCAGUCCCGGUUCCGAAGAUGACUUCAGUGAUAAAUCACAGCCUAAUCAAAUUGGAUCUACGGUUAAUAAUAACAUUAACAAUAAUAAUAAUAAUAGUAAUACUAGUAGUAAUAAUAGCAUCAACAAUAACAGUAGUCCUAGUUUUCUUGAUGAUCCCAGUGGAUAUCUUGCCCAACAAACGGCUUUACUAAAUAGUACAAUAUCAAGACAAACAGGUGUUAGUAGUAGUCAAAUAAUGAUUAAUAAUAUUAAUAAUAAUAAUAAAAUGCCAUCUCAACAAGUUCAUGGAAACAAUAGUAGUUAUAUUAUACAUCAAAAGCCCUCGUCGGCGACAAGUCCAACAAGCUCGUCGAUUUGUAACACGGGUAAAAAUCACGCAACUUCCCCGGUUGUAGUGCACAGCAGCAUGACGCCCACGUCGAUAGGCAACGCAAAUGAUUCCGACACUGGGUCAUGCCAUGGAUGUGUGACAAGUGCAGAUACUCAGCCUUACAUGACCGAUCAGUUCAAGCACCAGCAAAUUCACCGGCAGUACGUCAUGCAUUCAGAUCAGCGUGAUGACCCGGUGACGUCGUCUACUUACGGGGACAGAUUCGCGGCGAAUCAACAAAUGGACUCGUGGCCAAUACAAGGCGGGACUAUCAGCACAAGUCACGGAUCACCGGUGAGCAUCAACAGUCCGGCGAACUCGGAAACUCCGGUGUCGUCAUUGUCACAACCAGCGACACCGCAGAGUCUUAUUUCGUCACAGCCAUCGACACCGCAUAGUUACUCCCAGCCACCUACGCCUCACUCACACUCUCAGGCCCCGCCACCGCAGUCACUGACACCCGGUCAGCAGCCUUCGCAAUCAUCUAUUACAAUAAAUAACACCAGUGCUAAUAAUAGCAAUAACAUAAAUCAAGAUCAAAGUCAAGCAUCAAGUCUGUCGAUGACAACAGCAUCAAGUACAAUAUCACCGAGUUCAUCGCCUUCUCAGACGUCUAUUUUAGGAGGAGGGUCUACUGCUGAAAGCACAUCACACUCGAUCAGUCACAAGUCAGCCUCGCAAACGAGACAAUCGACGACACCCGAAGGUUACGCGCCCCAUCCUCACACGAUAAAUUCAAUUCAACGGAUUUCUAUGAUCCCCUACAGUGGAAACCCGACUGUAAUCACUACUAUGGCAAGUGGGCAUACCUUUAGCUCAAAUACAAUAACUUCCGUGCUUGCGGGUAGAGCUAAUACAGCUACAGUGUCCAUCAACACGCCUUCUGGGAUUCAUAACUCCGUGAUACCAAAUAUUUUGUCCAGCAAGUCCCACAGUAACACGUUAUCAACACCAACAGCGAGCAUUGUAGUCUCGUCGGCGCAUCAUUCGAACAUGACCCCAAUAAUUCACAGUCAGUCUCAAACUAUGGUGUCCAAGUCACCGCUGGAAAUGGUGCAGAGCGUCGUGAGUAGUAUCCAAGUUCCUCAUGCUGUGAGUACUGGAUCUUCAUUGCCGCAUAAUCAUCAAGAACAGUCCAACGUUCAAGUACACAACGUCAUUGCUUCUGGUGGAGUACUGAAGCACUCGAGCGGUUCAACUCUACCGCCGGGUCAUAUAUUUGUGUCCAGCGGUGGACAAUUGAUAAUGGCCAGCACGGGUUCUGGUAUAAGCGGCGUAAUGGCACCACCUCCGCCAAAAAUUAUUUCAAAUGGCAGUUCUAUGCCACCUCUCUCAGUGUCGCCAAUGGUAACUAGUGUGACUGGGGCUGUAAGUCAAGUCAUACCAGCUGUUGGAGUAGCGCAACAAGUUAUCGGACAGCCCACCGUACUGGUCAAUACCAUUCAAACUCCCGUACUAAUACAACCCGGUGUGAUGACUAUGGACAGCAUUCACGGGCAAAAUGUACAGAUUCCUCACUUAACUGUCGCUACUGGCAACGUACUACAAAACGCCCAAUCAAUACUUGAAGCUAAUCAAGAUGUCACCCGCGCUGUUACUAACAACCAGAAUAUCGUUAACCGACAGGCGAAUCUCCUGAGUCCUGAGUCGACUAUCACCAAGAAAAAAGUCUACAAGAAGCGUAAAAAUAAUUCACAGACAGUUGCCUCAAUGCUUCAUAUCGCUUCGUCCCAACAAAACACCGGGAUGCUGAUGCAGAGUCAGUCCAACUUUGCUCAGCAGAACUUCCAGACUCAGAGCAUCGGCGGACCGAUGUUACAGGCAUUGACAAUAGUACCUGGCAAAGGCGGCGCGCCAGCCCAAUUGGUUAUGAAUGGACAAACAGGUGCCACUUCCGCGCAAUUCAAUACCCAGCAGAUAAUAACUAAUCCUCAGCCAACACAACAGAUCAAUCUACUGCAGCCCGUAAAUUUAUUGAACGGUGCUACAGGUAUGGUACAGAAUUUCCCGACUAUCCAGCAAUUUAUUGUACCUGGUCUUGGCAGUAUGGUGAUGUCUGCUGACGGCACUGCGACUUUACUCCAAGAUACAGGCAAUCUGGGCAUGCAGUUGCAGAUUCAAAACGUAAAUGGACAAAACGUACUGACGCCUAUACAAAGUCACAGUGGAAUUUUUAGUCCCAGUCAAAGUAUUCUUGCCGCGGGCCCCGCGGGGAUGGUAAUUCGCGCGCCUCAAGCUGCGGGUGGUAAACUAAUCCAACAGCACAGUCCCGGCACGCAGUUUCUGUCAUCAAACAGCGGACAGUUUUUAGUGAAUGGAACGACGUCUUUUAGCAACCAACUGAGUCCGAUAGUCGCUAAUGUGAGCCCUAAUCAGCAGAUGACAUUCAAUACGUCGCAGGUGAGGCCGUCGAAUAUUCAAGGCCAGCAGGAGUUUAUACAAAUGAACGGACAGACGCUGAUGGUACCAUGUGGUACGGCCCAAAAUAUCGCCGUCUCGUCGGCUUCUAAUCAGCAGAACACGACAUUUGUACAGCAGAACACGACAAUCGUUCAACAACAGACGACCAUGGUCUCCAAUAACCAGAUUCCGGACUUUCAGUCGGUCGCGACCAGCAACGGGAAUGUCGACCAGUCGUUGAAUCUUGACCACAACCAGUAUAUACUGAGCGCGGGAAUGAUACAAGGUAAAUCGCCGUCUUCGCCAAAAAGUACGAUAAGCUCACCGUCCUCCGAGCAGAGUGUUGAGCAAAUCCAGCAGCAGCAAUUCAGUCUGACUAGUACAAGUGGUAAUAAAAAUAACAAUAAUAAUAGUAGCAGUGGUAGUGUUGGUAUUAUUAUUGAUCAGAAUGGCCAGCAAGCUGAUCAGCUGAGUCCAUCGAUGGUCAGGCAUUCAGUAUCCACUCAGACGGCUGGCAAUCAGGCUAACAAUGCUCAAUCAGCUAUCAUGAGACAGGGAUCUCCGCCUGAUACUACCACACACAGUCCAGGUAAUAGCCAACGGUCUAACAGUCCAGCUGUUGACACCACCUCCCACGGAGCGGCAUCUCCUGCGCCGCCUAUUUCUGCGCGACAUCAUUCAUCAACGCCAAUGGUUCACUGUAUCUCAAGCAGCGAACCGGACUCGGGCGACAUCCAGAACCCCAAUGACGACUGGCGAAUCCAAGGAAUAACGACUAAAGAACUAGCCAUGAGUCAGGUCGGUCUGCAGCACGGGAAGACUUACGUCGAGUCGACAGUAACGACUGGGAUUCAGAUUUAUACACCAGAGACGUUGAAGCAAACCGAGGGUGUGGUGAGCACGGUGAGGUGUGAGGGCAGGGAGCAUACCCUCGGUCAGGGAAUCAAACGAAAGCUGGACUCCAUCCACUCUAUGCACUCGACUCUGCAUGAAGACCAGGAUGUAUCGGAGUCUGAGGGAGAUAAAGGAAACUGGGAAGUGAAAGUCGGCGAACUUGUGUGGGGUGCGGCGCUGGGGAGUCCGGCGUGGCCGGGUAAAGUCGAGUCUUUUGGACCACCAGGAAGUUUAACCGUGUGUGUGAGGUGGUACGGUGCCGGUGAGACCUUAACCAAUGUCGAAAUCAAGAAUCUCAAGUCCCUAUCCGACGGCCUAGAAGCACAUCACCGAGCACGAAAACGUUUUAGGAAAAAUCGUAAACUGAAUAUGCAGCUGGAGAAUGCGAUUCAAGAAGCCAUGGCCGAAUUGGACCACAUAAGUGAUAUAGAUACUCCAAAUAAAAUUCGAAAACAAUUUGCACAGAGCGCAAGAUCAUCAAAGGCAUCGUCAGUUUCAAGCAACGUCAAAAAUUUGAAUCAAGAUAAAAAAAGUAACAAAAUAAUCUGCUAACUCAGCAGCAAACGGUAGCCGACUUGUCGGUGAUUAAUAUAAUCAAUAACAGUUUUAAUAAUUUAUAAUUAUUGACAAAUAAUAAUUAUAAUUAUUGCUACGGAAAAUAAUAUAAACGUAAUUCUGUGUAUCAGUGCGUUUUAUUUCAACGCUUUUUUUUAAAACUGUAUAUAUAAUAAUAAUAAUGAUAAAUAUUAUUAUUAUUAUUAUCAUUAUCAUUAAUAUUAUUAUUAUUACUACUACUAUUAUUAUUAUUCUUAUGGUAAUGAACUAAGAUAAGUGUAAAGGAGAUAAUUCCGUUAGUAUAAUGGGAAUAAUACUCACGAAAUAAAUAAAAUGAUAAAUAAAAAUUUUGUGGUUGAUAAUGAACAAUUGGGUGGGGGUGAUAUUAAUAUUUGUAUUUGUAAAUAUAUAUUAUCAUUUAAUAAUAUAAUUAAUAUUAUUGUAAUAUUAUGAGUUUGUAUAAUAUUAAUUAUUGAUUAAUUAAUAUAAUUAUUAAUCUAUUAAUAAAUAAUUAUUAUUUAGUAGUCUAAUAAAUAAUAAAAAAAGUUAUUUAAAAUACAGUGAUAUAAAUUCAUUUUGUAUCUCAAAAUUUUUGACCAAUUUUAUUAUUAUUAUUAUUGUUAUUAUUAUUAUUAUUAUUAUUAUGUAGAAUUAUAAAUAAAAUUAUAAAAUGCAAUUUGAAAAUUCUGAUGAUGAAUUUUCUUGCACUUCUUGCUUCCCAUUUUUAUGUGAUUACGUUACUUGUAAUAUAUAUUGUGAAUUAAUUCAUUGUAAUGACUAUGAUUAUGAUAAUAAUAUCAAUGAUAAUGAUAACUGAUAAAAUUAAAGGAAAAAUUAAUAAUAAAUGGAGUAAAAAAAUAAUAGGCCUCGGGCUUUAGAGGAUUCAAAAAUGGUAACUUUAAUCAAUCAUUAAUCAAUCAAUCGUAUAUUCCUGUCAAGUCUGAAUAAUCAUGUCACUAUAGUUUUUGUAACGAAAAAAAUGGCAUAGAUUAAAUUAGUUAAUGAAGAUUAACAUAAUUAAUUAACGACAAAUUAAGCAUAAUAAUUUAGCCAUUUUUUAUGUACCACAGGCGCAUAAUUUAUUCCAAACCUAUAGACAUAAUUUAUGGGUAACAUAUAGUAUUUUUAUGGAAUGCUAAUUAAUGAAUGAAUAAAUAAAUAAAUUAA